AUGGGAUUGCACAUCCAAGAGCUAGUAACCACCUUCACCAAAAAAGAUUCUACGGGGACCGGGAGUAGAGCCGUAACCGCUGUUACCACGGCGAUACAAUACGCUGGUAUUGGACUAAGCCUGCCGCAUGCGACGGCAAGAAGGGCUGGGCAAUUUGAUAGACGCUGCUUAUGGCCGAGAAUUCUCGAUGCAUGUGACGGGUAUAACUCGGCCACCAAUCACGGAGUUUCCAAUUAUAAGGCCCCCUUCGCCCAGUUCUCCCAUUUCGGACCAAAGGGCUACCUUUGGAAGGUCAAUGUGUUCUCACCCUGGGUAUGUAACUCUCUCGGCCUAUACCCCGUACUACCGGCAAAGGGCACCUGGACGCAUGUGGAUUUGAUGGGUUUCAUAUGUAUGAAUCUAGCCAAUGAUCAGCAUGUGUUUACUAGUUCAUGA